AUGUCCGCUCUGCCUUCUUCUUCAGCAGCUUCCGCUCCCUGCAAUCACAGUACCGACACAGCGGCCUGUGGGCAGAAGAACAGAGAGGGGGCCUCAACAGUUGCUUCUCCUGUAGCAGCUGCAGGUGUUUGUGUUGAUUCAGAUUUCCCUUCCAGCCACAGAGGAAACUUGAAAAGCUACUUUGACAGUUUGUUCUCCGGGGAUUUGUGCUGCAAGUUGUGGUUUACAACCCCACGGUCUUCAUCUCGAAAGCUGUUAUCUCGCCUGACAGACCUGCUGCGAGCAGCAGCAGGAGAACAAAGAAAAAAUUUAAAUUGUCAUAUUCCCACCGAUGUGCUACGCAGCCUUGCAGGACACACAAGAGAAAAAGUCUGCUUAGCCAAUCAUAAGGCAUUCUGGCCUUACCCCCCAACAUUGAUGCAUUUGUUCAACGACUUGGAAGUGUACGCGGGUGCUCAGUGCAUGGGGGACAUGGUGGUUCAGAAUUCGUCUCAGUUGCAUUGGGGCGUGAAUAUAGCGGGAGGUAUAAAGGCAGAGUCUUCUAACUGCGCUGGAAAAGAUUUCUGGAGAUUCUGCAGCGAAUGCUCUGAUGGCCUCUUCUGUGGGCCCGAGACUGACCUUCUUCAACAUGUCUUUCAUACAGCAAGAAAGGAGUACUGGGCUUCUCGGCGUGUGAAGAAUUGGCGUAAGAAGAAGGGUUUGUGUUGGGGUUAUCACGGGUGCGGCUGCAUCCGCCCUCGAGCUUUGGGUUUAGAAGAAGCAGAAAGAGAAAUGGAGGGAGAGGAGAUGCCUGCCGAGACAGGAAGACAGGGGGGGAGAGCAUCUGGAGGUGAAAGAAAGAGGAAACGAGGCCACACCAACGACAACAACGGCAAUACCAACAGCAACAACGACAACGAUGUUUCUUGUGCUGCUACUGCAUGCAGCGAGGCGUUUAAGGGAGCAAAGAAGAAGAAUGAAGAGUUUAUUAUAAGCAAAAAGAGAGCAAAAAAGAAAAAGGGGUGGGGGCGGCCGUUUGACUGGGUUGAUUUAUUUAAGUCGUUGAAGGUGAAUUUGUGCUGGGAAGAAUGGGAGAGAUUAAAGUGGCUGACGUGCACAGACCAAACAAACACCGCAAACGCCAUGCAAACAAACGAAAGAGAAAUACGCACAAAUGAGGAAGAUAAACGCGACAGCAGUGAACAGCAGCAGCAGCAGCUGCUGCUGCCGCCGCCGUCGCUUCACGCGCUGCUGGAAGAGAACUACGAGCUGCAGCGGGGAAGCGGGGGUACAGAGGAGCAGCAGACAAAAGGGGAGGUUGAUUCACACGACAAGGAGAAGACAACGAAGAACCAAGGAGACAACACGCAAAGAAAGAGACCAGCAAACGACCACGAAGAUGAGAAGAGACAGUGGGAAGUGGACGGUAACGUCAGUUGCAUUCGGUUUGUUCGGAGUGUAUCUCCACAGCUGCUACGCAUAAUGCCUGCAUGCACCCACAUAGACAUUUCAUCUCCACCUCUCAGGAGAAACAAACGAAACAACACUCUCCAAACAGAGGGAGGAGGAGAUGCUUCUGCAGCCACUGAUGAACCUAAAGAUGAGCGACAGGCCCGCGAGUGCGCACCUGUGCCUCCUGGCGAAGAUAACUCUCCUUCUUCUUCUCCCUUUUUUAGUGCUGAUGCUGCUGCUCCUGCUGGUGGUGGUGGUAGUGGAGAUGAGUGCGAGCAGAUAGCGACGGUGGAGUUUCAGCGGAUGUGGCCGGUGUUUGUUCGAGUGGGUGAGGAGAGCCGUUUGCCUGUGAGUGCGUCUGCUGGGGAGGAGGGCGUUGUGUUGUUUUUGGGUUGUCUGCUGGAGGUGUUUCACAUGCGCAUACAGACAGAGAAGGAACUUGCUCUCUGUCUGAAAGGCAUCGCAGAUGCUGCAACGGCAGACUUAAACACAGCACCGGAGUCAGACCGGCCGCAUGAGGGCUUCGAAAGACAAGCAAACAGCAAGAAGGACAAGAGCAACAACGGCAGCAACAGCAACAGCAGCAGUAAAAACAACAAGAGCAACAACAAAAACAACGGCAGCAGCAACAACACCAGCAACAACAACAACGUCAGCAGCAACAACACCUGUCGGUCUCCGACAUCAUCAGCUCCAACUCCUCUCGGUCUCCCCGAACAGUUUGUAGAGGCAUCGACGCAAGCCACAGACAACUCCAGCCAAACAGUAAACGACCUGCAGGAGGCUCGGCGGUUGCCAUUGGCUUCCUGUGGAGAUGAUAACCACAAGGACGGACGAGGAGACGCAACGACGCUUAUCAGGAAGAGACUCAUUCCCCCGAUCCUCUUCGAACCUGCCCCUCGACGGCCUCAACGCUUGUCAGCUCCCCCCUCUUCAGGAGGAGCAGCAGCUGUUGAAGAUGCAGAACUUGUAUCGGCAGCUACUGCUGUCACCCGUGAGAGGGAGGUUGCCGAGGAAUGCACAGUGUCUCAUUCGAAAAAUAAUCUUCCGUCUUCCUCAGUAGCACCAUCCGCUCCUUGUGGCGAAAAUAAUAUUAUUUCAUGUAAUGACGAGGUGCACCCGGUCAGAGGAGAGCCUGCAGACUGUCCAAAGGGGGAGCAAUGCAGCAGGCAGGGAAACAUGGUAGAGAUCCUUCAACUGCGAGGAGGAGAUGAACCCCACGAAAUACGAGAGUGGGACAGCCAUGGAGUUGGGAAGACUUCAAAUAUUUCAUAUUUGAAAAGGAGACAGAAUACCAGGUCCGACAAAACUGAUGCGGAGUUCGCCAGUCUGAAGCCCGUGCCGCCUUCUGUUCAGUCGUAUGAUGGUCACCACAGGAGGAGAUUAGAAGGUACAGAAAUUCUUCAGGCUGGGCAGACAGCCACAGCCUCUGAUUUCAACCCAUUCUGCAAUGGGAGCUCUCGGUUAAAGGCGCACAACAUUGGGAGGGGUGACCUCCAGUGCUCGGGGUACAAAGUGCAGCCGUGGACAGAGCAAAGCUAUGGACACCAGACUCACGCAGCUCAGAUGAGGAUGGGGGGGCUGCAAAACGGAAAUGGGUCGCUGUUUGCUUCAUUUGGAGAGGGUGGACUGAGCCAUGGUGCUAUUUAUCAGCAGCCUUUGCACUCCCCACCGCCGCUUUUCCAUAUGCCAUACGCACCGCCUUGCCCAGUUAAUCAGCCACCGCCUCCGCCUUUGCGUCGUAUACCGUACGCACCGCCUCAAGAAAUCAGUUGCACGCACAAUGCGGCUUCUUGCGGCGAUUUCAAAAGGCAUUGGCAAGUAAUAUCUGGACCCAACACUGCAGAUGCUAGUGUUGUACCGCCUGGGAGGGCAUUGUGCCCUGCUGUAUCGCGUUUGUCGAGACCACACCGAAAGUGGCAGGAUUCCAGCAGUACUGGACUCGCUUACCAGUCCACGUGUGAGCUCAUACCAUCCUCAGCGCUUUGCGUAGGACCCUUCGCUGCCCACCGUGAUACUGCCUUAUCUGUAGCUGCUCAAGGAAGCUGCCCUCCUGUGCAUCACCCGAAAUACGCAGACGAACGAGCAGAGGCCAUCAAGUGCAAAAACCUUCUAUUACCGGAUAGCUUGAGCGAGCCUUCUCAUGAAAAGGGGCAUGUUGUUAGAGGUGGAGCUGCUUUCACCGCCAGCCGUGCAUGGAAGCAUUCGGGUAAUGGUAGAUCUGGCGCCAUUUUCCAGCCUUCUGAGGCACCCUCGCACAACAACGAAAACCAAGGAUUCAAGUCGCAGGCGCGCAUACUGGCAGACUCUUGUAGUGCCGUUUCUCGGCAUUCGAAAGCCACUACCUGCCAAAUGGUUCAAGACGGUAGCCAGUCGAACCGGGACACUGCUCAUAUAUCUAAGACAUCUAAAGCUCUGGCUGGGCGCAAACAACUUUGCGACAUGCAUGCCGAUAUGCAGACUGAAUACAAACUGUACUUGAAACAACGGCUGGAGGCAGUUAUCCGUGGAGUUUGGAGCUGGCGUUCCGAGUCAGUUAACGACUUCUCGCAGCAUCAUGAUCAGCCUUUUUCAGUGAUUGUUGCACAAAAUGCAAUUAGGAAUGGAUUCACACCAUACAUUCUGAUGCACUAUGCAUCCACUACAGGAGUAGAGGAAAGGCUCAAACCACUGGAUAUGUCUGUUGGCGGCAAAAGAAACAUUCCCUUCCACGGCUUCCCGCCGGAAUUGGUAGAUUCAUUAUGCAGUGGCAUCGGCCAUGGCAUGAUGUACUACUCCGUGGUCCCUGGUAGUGUUUUUCCUAUUCAUUGCGAACAAGGCGGCCUGGGGGCGUUCAACUUGAUCGUUGGGGCGCUCGUGUCCUACACGGAGCAAUUGUGCCCAUGA